AGCCCUUACCUUUUCUGCUCCUCAGUCCUUGCCUUGCUCUUUGGGCUGGAAAGAGAUAGAAGAAGCUAACAAAAAAUCACUUGCCAUAUAUAUAUUAGGUAGGAGGAGUCACCAAUAUCUCCUUCAGACCAUUUUAUUGGGCAUCAAAGAAAACAAAAAAUGGCAGAUAAAGACCCUGAUAUUUGUUCCCACAAAUUCCCUUCUGCUUUUCAGGUAUUGGAAGAACUAAGAGAACUAUGGGGCAUGGCCUUUCCCAUUACAGCCAUGAACUGUUUGGUUUUUGUCCGAGCUGUGGUUUCAGUCCUAUUUCUAGGCAGGCUUGGAAGCCUAGAGCUAGCAGGAGGUGCCCUCUCCAUAGGCUUCACCAACAUCACUGGCUACUCUGUGUUGGUGGGUCUUGCCUCAGGCCUAGAACCUGUUUGUAGCCAAGCCUAUGGGAACAAAAAUUGGGAGCUUCUCACUCUGUCCCUCCAAAGAAUGGUCCUGAUCCUUCUCUUGGCAAUAAUACCCAUCAGCCUCUUAUGGCUCAAUCUUGAAACAAUCAUGGUGUUCAUGGGACAAGACAAAGCAAUCACAUCAAUGGCUGCCACUUACUGUUUGUAUUCAAUCCCAGACUUGUUAACAAACACAGUUUUGCAGCCUUUGAGGGUUUUUUUGAGGUCGCAGAAAGUGACCAAGCCAAUGAUGUACUGUUCAAUGAUAGCUGUGGCCUUCCACGUGCCUUUGAACUGGGUUUUGGUGGAGGUGAUGGGGCUUGGAGUGCCAGGAGUGGCCAUGGCGUCGGUGCUGACGAACCUGAACAUGGUGGUGCUGAUGGCAGCGUACGUGUGGUGGGGAUGGAGGCAGGGGGAGAUGAGAUGGAAGGCUGGGAUUGGAGAUUUGUGUGGUGGGAUUGGACAACUGUUGAAGUUGGCAGUGCCAAGCUGCUUGGGCAUAUGUUUGGAGUGGUGGUGGUAUGAGAUUAUGAUUGUGAUGGCUGGUUAUUUGCCAAAUCCUACUGUCGCUGUGGCCGCCACUGGGAUUCUUAUUCAGACCACUAGCAUGAUGUACACUGUCCCCAUGGCCCUUGCUGGCUGUGUUUCUGCCAGGGUUGGGAAUGAGCUUGGUUCAGGCAAGCCAUACAGGGCCAAGCUAGCAGCCAUGGUAGCAUUGGGAUGUGCAUUUGUGAUUGGCAUCGUCAAUGUGACAUGGACGGUGAUUCUUAGAGAGAGGUGGGCUGGCCUGUUCACCAAGGACGAGCUGGUCAAAAUCUUGGUUGCAUCAGUUAUGCCAAUUAUGGGGCUUUGUGAGUUAGGCAACUGCCCUCAAACUACUGGCUGUGGCAUCUUACGUGCCACAGCGCGCCCGGCUGUGGGUGCCCGUAUCAAUUUGGUCUCUUUCUAUUUUGUGGGCACUCCUGUUGCGGUCGGGCUAGCAUUCUGGCUCAAGGUAGGGUUUGGUGGGCUUUGGUUUGGCCUUUUAUCUGCUCAAGUGGCUUGUGCUGUGUCUAUUCUCUAUGUUGUGCUGGUCAAGACUGAUUGGGAGGCUGAGGCUUUGAAGGCCAAGAUGCUCACAGGCUUGGAAAUGGGGGUUUGCAAUGGGGUGAAAGAAAAAGGCCAUCAAAAUGAUGAAGAAAACAGGUUAUUGAUGCAUGGAGAUGACAAUAACAAUAAUAAUAUAGAUGAUGAGAUUUUUUAGGCUUAUGUGGGGAUGGGUUUUGAUUUUGAUGUGUUUUGACUCUUUUGAUGUGACCGGCUUUAUGGGGGCUCUGCUUUUGUUGUGUAGUUGCUUUAAUUACUUUUUUUUAGGAUGAAGGGGCUGCUGAGCUGACUCAUGCGUAGAUUUUUGUGUUUUGGCUUUGUGUGAGCUGCCUCUUAAUUUGUUUUCAUGGGCAUUGCCAUGGGUCUCCUGUUUUUGUCGCUAGGGACAGUGUCACUCUCCAGGGUCCAGGCAAGUGUAUGGCAUGGUACUUCAAAGAAGGAUAUUUAAUAUUAGGGUUUGGGGCCAGGCAUGCCUAUAUUUAAUAUU